AUGCAGUACACUCCGUUUGCCUCGGACAUCGAAUUACCAUUUUACACGUCUCUAGCCUCCCAUAAGAUUAACCAUGACAAGUUGGACGACUCCGCUCGGGCGGUGCUAGGUCUAUAUGAGAUUCGUCCGUCUGACCCCGAGGCUGCAUCGUGCCGAAUCCAAAUCCACGGAAAUGCCCUCAGUUGCAGCGAUGCCCCGGCUAGCUACUACAGAGCGGAGGGAAUGAUCAAAAACCUCAACACAGUCGAAGAAUACCGGAAUGCGGACAAAGCUCAGAUGCUGCGCCAAGCCGGCCAGAUGGUCUGGGACGCUAUUCACGACGGGACCAUAUUCUCAUGUCCCUCCCUACUAUCCAGUUACCUGAUUGUGUCGUUUGCCGAUCUGAAGAAGUACAAGUUUCAUUACUGGUUUGCCUUCCCGGCGAUACAUUCUGACCCUACAUGGUCUCUCGUGCAGACUCAAGCAUCUGCAUCCGACCAGCUUCAGAAUAUUGACAACGCAAAGGGAACGCGCCUAUCAGCAGAUGAGAGCACUGCCCUCGUGGAUGCAGUCCAAACAUGGUCCUAUACUGUGGAUCACCGACAGCGAGGUUUCUUUUUGGCCCGCAGGGUAAGAAGUCGUGGCAGUGUGUCAGUUGACCCCUCCAAGAGAUCACAACAAGAGACCGGCGCACCGGCCAUCACCUGGCAGAUAGCAGCUCUGUCCGAUUACGAACAUGGAUUUUUCCAAAAUGUACCUGCUGGAAAUCGCUUUGUUUGCUUUGCCGACCCAUCAAAUUACGAACAGGCCCCUGGAUGGAUGCUGCGGAAUUUGCUGGUGCUGGUCAAACAGCGCUGGGGCCUUGAACGAGUGCAAAUCCUGCGUUAUCGUGAUGUACAUGCGAAGCGGGAUCAAGGACGCAGCUCGAUCAUACAGCUUGAGUCAAAAUCUCAAGAGCCUCGAUCCCCCAGAUCCCCCUCAAGCCAAAGCCACGGGCCCAUUCCGAAGGGACCGCUGCCCAAGGUUACCGGAUGGGAGCGUAAUCCCGCCGGGAAACUUUCAGGGAGGAUCGUCAAUUUGACAGAGUAUAUGGAUCCUAAGCGAUUGGCGGAUCAGUCAGUUGAUCUUAAUCUCAAACUUAUCAAAUGGCGCAUUAGUCCAACACUCAACCUGGAAAAAAUUAAGAACACCAAGUGUCUCUUGCUAGGAGCUGGCACCUUGGGCAGCUACGUUUCACGGAACUUACUGGGAUGGGGAGUGAAGAAGAUCACCUUUGUCGACAAUGGGACUGUGUCCUUUUCUAAUCCUGUCCGGCAGCCACUGUUCAAUUUCGAAGACUGCCUGAACGGAGGAGCUCAGAAGGCAACCCGAGCAUCCGAAGCCCUGACACAGAUAUAUCCAGGGGUUGACACAGCAGGCCAUGCAUUUUCCGUCCCUAUGGCGGGUCAUCCCAUCGUGGACGAAGCCGCAUCAAGGUCAGAGUUUGAAAGGCUAAAAGCCUUGAUCGAUGAACACGAUGCCAUCUUCCUUCUCAUGGAUACCCGAGAAUCAAGAUGGCUGCCCACAGUCAUGGGCAAAGCAGCCGGAAAGAUUGUCAUGAACGCAGCCCUUGGAUUUGACUCGUUUGUGGUGAUGCGCCACGGAGUCAACGAAGACGAGCAGCCUGCUAAGCUUGGAUGCUACUUCUGCAAUGAUGUUGUAGCACCAGCCAAUUCUAUCAAGGACCAAACCCUUGAUCAGCAAUGUACAGUUACUCGCCCCGGAGUAGCCCCGAUAGCCUCGGCACUUUUGGUGGAGCUUUUGGUCUCGCUGCUGCAGCACCCCCAAGAAGCUGCAGCACCAGCCCCUAUAUCCAAGAGCGUUGAACGUGAUGAUCAUCCCCUGGGCAUUGUUCCCCACCAGAUUCGCGGCUUCCUCUCCACAUUCGAAAACUUAUCUGUCACCGGACAGAGCUACCAGAGCUGCAGCGCAUGCUCAGAGAAAGUGGUUGGCGCAUAUCGCGAACAAGGCUGGGAAUUUGUGCGAAGAGCCCUUAAUGAAAAGGGAUAUGUUGAAGAGUUGAGUGGGCUGAGAGAGGUCCACGAGAAAGCGGAAGCAGCUCUCGCAGAUAUUGAGUGGGACGAAGGAUCCGAUAAUGAAGAGAUUGAGGUCCUGUAG